GGUCUGCGCGCGCCGGCCUUGAUGCCAGAGCGUGUGCUUGACGUCGUUUUUUUCCACAUUUCUCACAUCUUUUAAUUCGCUUUAAGCAUCUGGAGGAGGACGUGUGCCUGGACUGCGCUUUGAUGCAGUAGGAUGACAGUAUUGGGAAAAGUUAUGCGUUAAACAACAGGCCUUGAAAGCGGUGUUGCCGGUGCAGGGAUAUCCACGUCUCUACGAUUUUCUCGUCAGCUUUAACCGGUGUUGUGCGCCCGUUUGCACGCCGAUUUGUUUCUCUCGUAUGUGCAGACCGGACGGGGCUGACGUCAGUGUCCAGCUUCGGCCGCCACGCCUUACGUUUUGCUGUCAGUGGGGUCUUCCGCUUUGGCCGCUCCAGCCCGGACACUGCCGUCUACUCACGCAGAGGUCUAAAGAUGCCAGGGUCGGGCAAGGCUAGGAAUGCCUGCGGGGUGUGCGUACGACCGUCCACCCCUGAUCCAUUAGACGAGGCAGGACGUCCAGCAGCAGACGGAAGUGAUAUGGGAGCAGCCGGCGGUCCUGGGGCCGGAGACGCGGAGAUCGUCAAGUCGCCGAGCGAUCCUAAGCAGUACAGGUACAUUGAACUGGACAAUGGUCUGAAAGCACUGCUGAUUUCAGAUCUGAGCACCUUGGAUGGCCAACCUGCCAGCUCUGGGGAUGAUGGAGACUCUGAGGAGGAAGGUAGCGAUAGUGAAGAGGAAGAUAGUGAAGGAGACUCUGGAGAGGGCACUGAAGAGGAGUCUGAGGAAGAGCAGGAGGAACGAGACAGCGAUUUUGAAGAUCUGGAUGAUGAAUCGAAUGCCAAGAGGAAGAAGGGCGGCUGUGUAGAAAAGCAGUCUGCAGCCGCCCUGUGCAUUGGUGUUGGAAGCUUCAGUGACCCCGAUGACUUGCCCGGAUUGGCGCAUUUCCUGGAGCAUAUGGUAUUCAUGGGUAGUGAGAAGUACCCUGCAGAGAAUGGCUUUGACGCCUUCUUGAAGAAGCAUGGUGGCAGUGACAAUGCUUCCACAGACUGUGAGAGGACUGUCUUUCAGUUUGAUGUGCAGAGGAAAUACUUCAAGGAAGCCUUGGACAGGUGGGCUCAAUUUUUUAUCUGUCCACUUAUGAUCAAGGAUGCAGUGGAUCGGGAGGUGGAGGCUGUAGAUAGUGAGUACCAACUUGCACGACCAUCUGAUUCUCACAGGAAGGAGAUGCUUUUCGGAAACCUUGCCAAAGCUGGGCACCCAAUGGGAAAGUUUUACUGGGGUAAUGCUGACACUCUAAAACUGCAGCCUCGAGAGAAGAACAUUGAUACUUACAGUUGCCUGCGGGAUUUUUGGAAAAGACACUACUCUGCUCAUUACAUGACGCUAGCAGUGCAGUCCAAAGAAAACCUGGAUACUCUGGAGCAGUGGGUCAGAGAGAUCUUCAGCAAGAUACCCAACAAUGGGUUACCCAAACCAGACUUUUCCCACCUGUUGGAUCCAUUUGACACCCCACAAUUUAACAAGCUCUACAGAGUUGUCCCUAUUCGGAAGAUUCACUCUCUCAUCAUCUCCUGGGCUCUACCUCCACAGCAGCAACAUUACAGGGUAAAGCCUUUGCACUACAUCUCCUGGUUGAUCGGUCAUGAGGGCACUGGAAGCAUCCUGUCUGUGCUGCGGAAAAAAUGCUGGGCUGUGGCACUUUAUGGAGGGAACAGUGAAACGGGCUUCGAUCAGAAUGACACCUAUUCUAUUUUUGGCAUCUCCAUUACAUUGACCAAUGAGGGAUACGAGAACUUCUACCAUGUGGUUGACUUGUUGUUCCAGUACCUCCGGAUGCUUCAGAAAUUGGGCCCACAGCAGAGGAUAUAUGAGGAAAUUCAGAAGAUUGAAAGCAAUGAAUUCCGCUAUCAGGAGCAGACAGACCCCAUUGACUACGUAGAGAACCUCUGUGAGAACAUGCAGCUCUUCCCCAAAGCGGACUUUAUAACCGGAGACCAGCUGAUGUUUGAGUACAAGCCGAAGGUGAUCUCCGCAGCUCUUAACCUCCUUGUGCCCAGCAAAGCCAACUUCCUGCUGCUGUCCCCCAAUCACCAGGGGCACUGCGACCAGACAGAACGCUGGUUUGGCACUCAGUAUAGCGUGGAAGAAAUUGAGGAGCCCUGGAGAGAGCGGUGGGCGGGAGACUUUGAGUUAAACCCUGAACUGCACCUCCCGGCAAAGAAUACAUUUAUCGCCACAGACUUCAACUUGAAGACCCCUGACUGCCCUGACACGGAGUAUCCUGUGAAAAUCACCAGCAGUGAUAAAGGUUGCCUGUGGUACAAGAAGGACAAGAAGUUCAAAGUCCCACGAGCUUACGUUCGAUUCCACCUCAUCUCUCCGCUCAUCCAGCAGUCGCCAGAGAACCUCGUCUUAUUUGACGUCUUUGUCAACAUCCUGGCCCACAAUUUGGCUGAACCCGCAUACGAAGCAGAUGUGGCGCAGCUCGAGUACAAGCUGGUGGCGUCUGAACAUGGAUUUGUCAUCACGGUCAAGGGCUUUAACCACAAGCUGCCUUUGCUUUUCAACCUGAUUAUUGAUUAUAUGGCCAACUUUUCGGCCGCCCCAGAUGUCUUUUCCAUGAUCACAGAACAGAUGAAGAAGAUCUACUACAACAUCCUCAUCAAGCCGGAGAAAGUGGGCAAGGAUGUCCGACUGCUGAUCCUGGAGCACUCGCGCUGGUCUGUCGUGCAGAAGUACCAGGCCAUCAUGGCGGGGCUCAGCAUGGAGGCCCUGCUGUCUUUUGUGAGCAAGUUCAAGUCCCAGCUGUACGCAGAGGGAUUGGUGCAGGGAAACUUCACCAGCAAGGAAGCUGUGGAAUUCCUGAAGUACGUCACAAAGAAGUUGCAGUACCGGCGCCUUCCAGCUGAUGUCCCCGUUCAGUUCAGGGUCGUGGAGUUGCCGACGAAGGCCCACCUGUGCAAAGUGAAGUCUCUGAACAAAGGGGACGCCAACUCUGAGGUCACCGUCUACUACCAGUCAGGCCCCAGAAGUCUCCGGGAGUACUCCCUGAUGGAGCUGCUUGUGAUGCACAUGGAGGAGCCCUGCUUCGAUUUUCUUCGGACCAAAGAGACUUUGGGGUACCACGUCUAUGCCAUGUGUCGGAACACUUCAGGGAUUUUGGGAUUUUCUGUCACUGUUGAAACUCAGGCUACCAAGUACAACACUGAACUGGUGGAUCAGAAGAUCGAGCAAUUCCUGAUCAACUUUGGGGAGACGAUGAACAACUUGACCGACGAAGCAUUCAAAGCUCAGGUGACGGCCCUGAUUAAGCUGAAGGAGUGCGAGGACAUUCACCUGGGCGAGGAGGUGGACAGAAACUGGGCCGAGGUGCUCACGCAGCAGUACGUCUUUGACAGGCUCAACAGAGAGACUGAAUCUCUCCGCUCCAUUUCCAAAUCCGAGAUGGUGUCCUGGUUCCUGGCACAUCGUGGGCAAGGCAGCCGGAAACUGAGCAUUCACGUGGUGGGUUAUGGCAAAGAGGAAAACGACCCGCCUAGCGCCUCUGGGCCUCCGUCUACCGAGACCACCUACGGAGAGGCAUCGGAGUUCACUUUCCUCGGUGCGUCCGAGCUCAUGGCCCAGGCGGUCCCCAUCAUGGACAUCCGUGCCUUCACUUCCACGCUGCGCCUCUACCCCUACCACAAGAUCUUGAAGUAAGUGGCACCUCGAGGAGCGGACCACCGUCUGCCACUUUCCCCCAAAGACUCCCAAGCCUGACUGAUUUUGCUCCCGUUCAUUCUGCGUGUCGCUCCUCAAAUGCAGAGGUCACGCCUGCGUGGCCCCCUUGGGUUGAAUUCUGCCAGUCCCACAGUGCCCACAGCACUGUCUUGGCAUCACUGACUGAUUGGGGUGAUUUGGGGUUAAGCUUGCUUCUGAUUGGUGGGUAAACCACUCAACCAACUGUGCUGUGCCCUUGGGGCACAGAUAGCAAUGCAGUGUGCCCUCUAGGACUGGUAGUGGCAACAGUGGCAUUACUUGAGGGGUUUUUGUCCCCCCCCCCUCCCUUCCUGCUGUUUAUGCUUCAGUUGACAAUCUAGCGAUGGCCAGUAGGGGGAGACGGGAGAAGCAAACGUUUCUACAGAAGUUCAAAAUGCACUGGAAAGCUGAAAGUCCUGGUGUUUUAAUAUCUGAAUCAAUAAACAUGAGAAUUUCUUACAAUCAA